AUGGGAUAUCGGUUGAGUAUCGGCCAUGGCGAGAAGUCCAUCAAACAAGGGCCCAUCAUUCUUGGCCAACCGGCCAAACACAACUUGGGCGGAAUUGGGCUAUUCAGUACACCCACUGACUACAUGAAACUCUUAUCUAGUCUUCUAGGAGCUGGUUAUCCAUUAUUGUCCAAGUCUAGUAUUGAUAUACUGUUUCAGCCACAGCUGAAUGAGGCGUCUCGGAUGGCAAUGCCAAAGCCUCUGGGUUCUCAAAUGAGACGAGUUCUUGGAAUCAAAUGCUUGGAUGAUCACACACAGGCAGAUCAUUGUUUGGCUGGGACAAUGACGUUGAAGGACAUUCCUGGCCGACGGCGAGCAGGUACUGUUAAUUGGAGUGGGUUGCCUAACUUGCAUUGGUGGCUCGACCGUCAGACAGGUAUCACAGCUGCUCUUUUUACCCAACUUAUGCCGGCCGGGGAUGCAGCUGUUACUGGCCUUUUGAUUGAGUUAGAGGUAGCUCUCUAUAAGGCACUCGAAGUCAACGCAGGCUAUCCUAGCAGUGGUUCCAAGUUAUAG